UUUGAUGGUCGUUGGAGGGACGAUCCUAGGUCGUCCAUCUCCCCCAGUGUUACUCCCCGCUUCAUCUCUCGAUCCUAUUCAUACCCACCUUCUGAUUGAAUAGCCCUCGUGUCCGUCCGUCCUUUUCCAGCCUCACCGUUACCUCGAUCGCUUCCCUGCGUGUUGUUCCCCGCCGUUGAAGCUCCAGUCGUUCAGUCAACAUUCUCUUUUCCCACACCCACGAUAUCGAUUUCCGAUCACUUCUGGCGUCAACUAGGUUGGAGAAAGCACGGCUGGGUGGGGAAAGUUGUCGCUCCUGGAGCCUGGACAUGACGGUAGAUGGUCAGCGUGGCGCUCGCGGCGCAGUGCACGACUGAGUAUCUUGCGCCAUGCCAGGCGUCGUCGAGACCCCGGCCGGGCCUGUCAGGCCCGAGCUGGGAUUUACUGUCGCGCAUCAAAAGGUUGAGCUCGAGAUCGAUUUUGCGACCAAAAGCCUCAAGGGCAAAACUGAGAUCACGAUUCAUCCUCACUUUAAAGAUCUCCGCGUUAUCCGAUUGAAUUUCCGACAGGGCGAGCUGAGGCGUCUGAAUGUAAGUGGGAAGGUACCGACCGUCAAAUAUGCCGAUCCAUACGAGUCACUUCAGAUUUACGGCCCUCAUUAUCACCAGCGCCUUUCGACCAAGAUAGAGGGACUGCUCAAAACUCCUCCGGAGCCUGACCUGCUCGUGACGAUUCCCAAGAGCGUUCGGAUUGACGAACUUGAUCCCUCCUCGGUCGAAGCCCAGGACCAAAUGACCCUACGCGCCACGGGUUCCGCAGAUGAUGCAGAAGGGCCUCUAAGCUCCAAGGCGGCCGACUCGUCGCUUCCACGCUUCACGGCACUGACCAUGUAUAUCGAAUUCGUCAUUGAGAAUAUACGGGAUGGACUGCAGUUUGUCGGGUUAGAAACUGGCGACAGACGCUACCCCCACGCUUACACAACGAAUUCUCUGGGAUAUGGUGCCGGAUGCCCUCUUUUCCCGUGUGUGGAUGACCCUUCGUCGCGUUGCACCUGGGAGAUGUCGAUCAAGUGCCCGUGCUCUUUGGGUGAUAUGUUCGAUCGCAAGCCUCGAGACCACUCCGGCAUCUCCGGCUCCAGUCGCCCGAAACCCUCGUCUGGAUAUGAUCGAUAUAUCGCUUCGGAUGAUGAGACACUGGAUUUGUCCGUGGUUUGUUCUGGGGACCUGACGGAUGAGAUUAUCGACCCCAGAGACUCCACCAAGAAGACGGUUUCAUUCGCGUGCUAUUCACCCCUUUCUGCCCAGCAGAUUGGAUUUGCCGUCGGUCCAUUCGAAUAUGUGAACCUUUCCGAUUUCCGCGAGAGCGACCAAGAUGAGCAGCUUGGUCUCAAUGCCAUCCCACUGCAUGCGUUCUGCCUCCCAGGAAGAGGGGAUGAAGUCAGAAAUACCUGCUUUCCUAUGGCGAAGGCGAUCGAUUUUUUCUCAUUGUCUUACGGUUCGUACCCGUUCGCUAGCUACAAGAUAUGCUUCGUGGACGACACACCUGAAGCCACGUUACCUACGGCUUGCCUAUCGAUCUGCAGCAGCCACCUCUUGUUUCCCGAAGAUAUCAUCGACCCAAUGUAUGACUCUACCCGCAGUCUGGUUUAUGCCCUGUCGUGUCAGUGGAUUGGCGUAAAUAUCGUCCCCAAGGAGCCGACAGACACCUGGGUAACUGUCGGCGUCUCUUGGUAUAUCACGGAUACGUUCAUGAGGAAGCUUUGCGGGAAUAAUGAAUAUCGAUUUCGAUUGAAACAGAUGUCUGAUAGAGUAUGUGAGCUGGACUACGAACGUCCAUCGCUCUAUGACAUGGGAACCAUCUUAAAAAUAGAUUCGUCGGAAAUUGACUUUAUUGCACUCAAGGCUCCUCUCGUUCUUUUCAUCCUGGACCGGAGACUUACCAAGGCGAGCGGCAAGGCAACGAUGUCUCGCAUCAUAUCCCGUCUUUUCCUGAAUUCGCGGAUGGGCGAUAUACCCAAUGGAGCGGUCACCACCUCUCUCUUCCAAAGAACAUGUGAACGGCUUGGUCACGCCAAGCUCGAUUCCUUCUUUCAGCAGUGGGUAUAUGGAGCUGGAUGUCCUCGGUUCCAAGCCACGCAGCGAUUCAAUAAGAAGAAGCUCGUGGUCGAGAUGAUGAUCCGACAAGUACAAGCCGAUGUCCCAAGCACGCGCGACUUGGAUAAGAAUGCGUUCAUGCGGGAUGUCAAAGAAGAGAUUCGAGGCGUCUACGCUGGAAUUGUUCAACCGGUUUUCACGGGUUCUAUGACCAUCCGGAUCCACGAAGCUGAUGGCACGCCUUAUGAGCACAUCGUCGAAAUCAAGGAGGGCGUUACCAAGUUUGACAUCCCCUAUAAUACGAAAUACAAGCGUCUGAAGAGGAAUAAGCGGCAAAAGGAGCGUGCAGCUGCUGUUAUAGGUGGUGACCCAAAUGCCGAAGCGCAGGAAGACGUUUUGCUUUAUUGUCUUGGCGAUGUUUUGCAGAGCGAGGAGGAGAUGGAAGAGUGGAGGCUCACGGAAUGGAGCAAGGAAGAUGAAGACAAGAUGGGGCAGGAAUCUUACGAGUGGAUCCGCAUGGACGCAGAUUUCGAAUGGAUAUGCAAGCUUUCGCUGGCGAUGCCAGGGUACAUGUACCUCUCCCAGCUUCAACAGGAUCGAGAUGUCGUCGCCCAGCUGGAGUCCGUGCAAUACAUGGCGAUUCAGAAACCACACAGACUCAUUUCCACGAUCUUCCUCAGAACGCUGAUGGAUCGGAGAUACUUUUACGGGAUUCGGGUCGCUGCCGCCCGAGGUUUGGUGACGCAUGCAGCGGAGGAGACCAAAUGGGUGGGAAUGUUCCAUCUUGAGAGAGCUUUCCAAGAGCUUUUCUGUCUUCCAGGGUCCCCAAUGACUCGCUCGAAUGACUUCUCUGACAGGGCGGCGUACGUUCUCCAGCUAGUCAUUCCAGAGGCCAUGUCACAAAUACGCGACCUUAACGGCAAAACGCCGAUGCGCGUCAAGCGUUUCUUGUAUGACAAGUUAAAGUUCAACGAUAACUCCAAUAACGAGUACUCGGAUAACUUCUAUGUCGCAACCUUGAUGGAAUCGCUGUGCCAUGCCAUGCUGGGCAAAGUCGAAGAGCCUGAUGUCAUGGACGAUUUUGAUAUGGACCGUGUGUUGGAGGCCCAGGCCGAAGAACAGUUGGAGAAAGAUGCUAUAGCUGAGCUCGAUAGGUAUCGCAGGAUGGACGAAUGGUCGAGCUCUUUCCAGAACAUCUACUCGCGGGCGGCUUUGCGCUGCCAAAUGCGUCUCAUGCAGGCCAAGAUUUUGAAUCUCGACAUCAUGCAAUUCCUACCAUACACUCGCGCUGGAACAUACGAUCUCCUUCGCUUGGAUGCGUUCGAAUGCAUGGUUGAGCUUGACAUCUUCCGGAACCCGGAACUACUGCGAUGGUUCAUCUUUACCAUGUCAAGCGACUCUUCUGCCUGUAUCAGGCGCCGGCUUCAUAGCCUCUUUGGAAAGGCCCUUGCUCCAGUCGCGUUCGGCCGCGAAAUAAAGACUGAAGCCCCCGCCACCGAGACCACCAAUAAUCUAAUUAUCGAGCAAGAAUCCACGACUGAGGUCCGCCAAGCUGACCUUGCGCGGAGACAAACGGUUACUGGAGCCUUGAGUGCUCUGAAGAAGGAAGUUUCGGGCGAUCAGGUGCUGAAGGAGUCUCUUUGGGCAGCAUGCAAUUCCCCGUGCAUUGGGGUGCUUGAGCUCUCCGAGUUCACCGAUCUGUGCAAGGUUCUCUAUGACGCAAUCACAUCUCGAAUGGUAUCUUUGAAAUACCCGCGCUAUUGGAGCGUGAAGCAUCUCGGAAGGGGACGAAUGCACUUCUUCCGGUCAAACAAAGUUCGCACGACGCUUACGUCGUCCAAAGAUCCUACAGCCGUGAAACGCAAGCGAGAGGAACAGGGAAUGCCACCCCCUGGUCCCCGUAUCACGUUCAAGCAGUCCAAGUUCACCUCUAGUGCUCCAACACCCAGCCCGAAACCGACAUCACAGCAGAUUCCAAGGCUGCAUAUUCCGAACCACUCCUCUCCUGCCCCCCCGGCGCAGCCAAAGACGACGACUGCACCAUCUACGCCCUCCACGCCCAGCGGCGGUGGUUUCAAGCUGAAAUUGAAAUUCGGCCAGAAGCCGAAGUGAUCGUCUUUAUAAAAUUCUAGAUACCAAUUACUCGUGUAGCUCGUUCUUUAUUGUUUGGACUAGGGAAAGGGGGUCAGGUCAAAGAGAUGCAUGGCGCGGGGUUUGAAAUGAGUUUCUUGUUCUUCUUAAUGUCUCUCAGACGAUUUUUUAUUCUUCUAUUCUGGGUUAUCUCCACAGGGUAUCUGGUUCAGUGGCCCAUGUUAUUGCUGGUGGGAUUUGGGCAUUGAUUGUUUGCCGAGAGAUGAUAGAUGAUAGCUGUCAUGGAUCAUUUCUGCGGGUCAAUAUACCUCCCCGAAACUGUCAUAUCUGGUCUUCCAGAAGGUCGCACGUAUAUUUUCUCGUAAAUGAAGCGGUUCUUUUGUGGAAAGCGAGAUGCCAUCGAUC